CGUCGGAUUGCUUUAACAUUUUACCAGUUCGAGGGGUACGAAGGUGCAAUCGAAACAGAACUUCAAAUCAGGAGCACACAAUGCUUCUUCACUGAAAGAGAGAGAAAGAGAGAAGCGGAAAGAGAUAUGUGUGUUUACUGUUAUUCGUUCGAAUGUGAUAGUGAAUAACAAAGAACAACAGUGACCGAUCGUGUUCAUCAAAACAGUGUUUGCACAUAGGAGUUUGAUUUGAUAAUUUGAAUUGAUAGUUUGAAUAAAUAACAUUAAAAAUUACGCCUUUUAAUCUUGGCGCCGAAUUCAAAAAAAUGCAUCUGCGGGAUGGUCCGUCGGGUGCGGGAGAGCCCUUUCGAUCAAUCCACGAAACUGCUCGAAGAUUUCAUGGGGAUUUGGUAACGACAGGAAGCCCCACUAUCAUGUGCAGCUCGUUACCCUCUCACUGGAGAUCAAACAAGUCUCUUCCGGUAGCAUUCAAGGUCAUAGCUCUCGACGAAGUUGCGGAUGGCACCCAAGUUACCAUUAAGGCUGGCAACGACGAAAACUGUUGUGGCGAAUUAAGGAAUUGCACAGCAGUCAUGAAGAGUCAGGUCGCCAAGUUCAACGAUCUUAGAUUCGUCGGUCGCAGUGGAAGAGGAAAAUCAUUUACUCUAACGAUCCAGGUCAACACAAUACCGUACCAAGUAGCCACGUACGCCAAAGCUAUCAAGGUUACAGUAGACGGACCACGCGAACCAAGGUCCAAGUCGAAUUAUCAGUAUACCGCCGGUUUUCAUGGACUUGGUUUACUCAGUCCCUGGUUGGAUGCUACGUACUUCGGAACAGCCUGGACUUUACCGCAUCAUAUGUUUAAAGGACCAUCACCCCCCGAACUAUUCAAUACGUCCAUCGCGCCAAUGUUGCAAUCGUAUCCAGUAGUAGACUACAUCACUACUAGUUAUCACGAUUACAUGAUACCGACAACCAAUGCACACCCGAUGUCACCGAUCCUGCUUCCGGUGAGUCCGGAACACAGAGGAAUGUCGCCUAAAACGUCACCCAAAACGUCGCCCAGAACGUCGCCCAAAACGUCACCCAGAACGUCGCCCAGUCCUAGCGAAUCUGGUAGUGGCGAGUCCGUAACCGAAGAGGUUCGAAGUGCCUUCGUACCUCUUCGACACAACACCUUACCACCCACCACCUCCUCGUCAUCAUCGUCGCCAGACAGAAAUCCUAAAAAACCAACCGAAGGCACGAGAAACGAAUUGAAGGCACCCACCACGCUCAUCUCCGAAGCGUACUCGCACAGGAGUCCGCCGCCGACGAAAAUCUCACAGUCACCUGCGAAAGUCUGGAGGCCGUACUCGAAAUCGUAGAUCCAAGUAGCGCAAGAACGACGUCCCGAAUAUCUUGGAAGAAGGCUAGUGAAAAUGUAUACCCGUGGUGG